AAAUUUGGAAUACAAUACAAUCCAAUCGUAUAAUGACUGUCUCUAAUGGUGGAAGAUCGACCGAGUAGUGGAAUUUAGUAUAAAAAUUGUUUAGGGGUAUCUAGAGCAUUGGGACUCCCCUGGAAUAAGCAGACAAAAAGUAGACCUUCCUCGAUAGCAACAAGUGCUCUGCCUAUAUAUAUUUUGCGCUCUGGAGAGAACAUAUUAAAUUAUUCUGUGGUGCUCACACUACUGCUCCACUAGUUAAUCAUUAAAGGAUGUGAUUCACUGCCGCAAACCUUUAACAGUGAGAAAUCAAAGAUCUCACUGGAGGUCUUUAUUAGUCAGUGUAAUGAGUACAGAACUGAACCUCUCAGAAGCGCAAUGCAGCCGACAGACUACGAAGUUGUCCUCUUGGGUGCCUCCAAUGUGGGCAAGACUGCCCUGAUUUCGCGCUACGUAAAGGACGAAACGCCAGAGCGUGGACAGCCCACAGAGGGAGCUGAGUUUCUGGUAAAGACUAUCUGGGAGCCCCAUCUAAAUGCGAAGCUAAAAAUCUGGGAUACAGCAGGUCAAAAUCGUUUCAAGGACAUUUUACUAAGACAUCAUACAAACGUUCAAGGCGCUUUGCUUGUGUACGACAUACACAAUCGAAAGAGCUAUGAGGCUGCGAAAGAGUGGGCUGUCGAACUCAAAGCAAAGCACUGUAAGCCCAGAAUAGUCAUAGCUUUAGUAGGACAUAAAGCUGACAUUACGGAUCAGCGAGUUGUAACCACCAUUGAAUCUUUUGGGAGACUUCAUCUGUUACAAAUCUGA